GCGCAGUUCAACUGGCCUCUCUGGUUCCUGCGCGCAGUGCCACGUUAGUAGCGGCAUACACAAAAUACAGGCUACCGCACAGCAAUCGAAAUAUUAAUAUUACUCAAAUCGCAAUCUCUCAUUUACUCAGAUAAAACUAGUUGUUCACGGCACUGCGACCCCCUGCCUCUCAGUUUUCACUAUCAAAGACUAGCAUAAGUAUGUUGAAGUUUUUGUUACUCUGUGCACUAGCCGUGGCUAGCAGGGCUGAUGUUGCCGAAGAAGAUGAUGUCUUGGUUUUGAAGAAAAGUAACUUUGAAGAGGCACUGAAGGCGCACCCCAACAUUCUGGUUGAAUUCUAUGCCCCGUGGUGCGGACACUGUAAGGCCCUGGCGCCCGAGUAUGCCAAAGCAGCGGGCAUACUGAAGGGCGAGGGGUCCGAGAUCCGCUUGGGCAAAGUGGACGCCACCGAGGAGGCGGACCUGGCGCAGGAGUACGGGGUGCGUGGGUACCCCACCAUCAAAUUCUUCAAGGGAGGAGAGAAGGAGUCGCCAAAAGAAUACUCAGCCGGCAGGCAGGCCGACGACAUCGUGAGCUGGCUGAAGAAGCGCACGGGACCGGCCGCCGCCACGCUGACCGAAGUCGCGCAGGCGGAGGCCCUGAUCGCCGACGGCGAAGUCGCGGUCAUCGGCUUCUUCAAGGACGCCGAGUCUGAGGGUGCCAAGGCCUUCAUGAAGGCGGCAGAAGCUAUCGAUGACAUUCCAUUUGGCAUCACCUCCGACGACGCCCUGUUCUCCAAAUUCGAACUGUCCAAGGAUGGCGUCGUCCUCUUCAAGAAGUUUGAUGAGGGUCGCAACACCUUUGACGGAGAGCUCAGCAAGGAGAACCUCCUUGGGUUCAUCAAGGCGAACCAGCUGCCCCUGGUCAUUGAGUUCACCGAGCAGACUGCCCCCAAGAUCUUUGGAGGAGAUAUCAAGUCCCACAUCCUGAUGUUUCUGCCAAAGGCUGCCUCCGACUUCCAAGACAAAAUGGACCAAUUCAAGAAGGCUGCAGAGGGCUUCAAGGGCAAGAUCCUUUUCAUCUUCAUCGACAGCGACCUGGAGGACAAUCAGCGGAUCCUGGAGUUCUUCGGCCUGAAGAAGGACGAAUGCCCGGCCGUCCGCCUCAUCACCCUGGAGGACGAGAUGACCAAGUACAAGCCCGAGAGCGAGGAAAUCACCGCGGACAACAUCGUGGCGUUCUGCACCCUCUUCGCGGAGGGAAAGCUCAAGCCUCACCUGAUGAGCCAGGACAUCUCCGAGGACUGGGACAAGAACCCCGUCAAGGUCCUGGUCGGAAAGAACUUUGAGGAGGUCGCCUUCGACCCCACCAAGGACGUCUUCAUCGAAUUCUAUGCACCCUGGUGUGGACACUGCAAGCAGCUGGCUCCCAUCUGGGAUAAGCUGGGUGAGAAGUACAAGGACAACAGUAACAUCAUUGUGGCGAAGAUGGACUCCACCGCCAACGAGAUCGAAGCUGUCAAGGUCCACAGCUUCCCCACGCUCAAGUUCUUCCCUGCUGGGGAGGAUCGCAAGGUGAUCGACUACAACGGGGAGAGGACCCUGGAGGGCUUCACCAAGUUCCUGGAGAGCGGGGGCAAGGAGGGCGGCGCACCAGCAGGAGAAGAGGACGAGGAAGACGAUCUGGGCGACAUGGACGACCAGCAGGAAGGGGAGGAUUCCGACGGCGAGGACGGGCACGACGAGUUGUAGGAGACAGCCGGAAGAGACGCACCCCUCCCCACCGCCCCCGCCCCAAACCCCACCCCCCCCGAACCCCACCCUGUCCUGUGAACACUGACCCCCUCUCUUCCCUCGCCGCUUCAGUCACCAGGCCUCACAGGAAGCUUCUGCUGCGACCCGAACCACCACUCCAGCCUCGCCCUCCGGCCCGCUCCAGCAGGACCUCGGCACUGGAGCGGCACGUCAGGGGGGAGGGGGGGGCGGGUGCUCUUUGUAAAACUUCGCAUAGUGCUUCCCCCCCCCCCCCCCCCCCAUAUCUGAAUCUCUACCCACCACAACUUGGUUCAGUUGUACAUUUUCUGUACAUAUUUUAACCACAGCACUGUGCAGUUGGGUUGCUUGCCCUAUUGAGGGCCGUUGUUUCUCUCUUUGGUUUCCAUACAUUGCAUUUUUCCUUUACAAAUUUAAGUCCAGACUGUUUUUCUCCAUUUAAUUAUCCCAUAUUUGUGUGAACACCAGGCAGCUUACAGGGAUAUGACUGUAAGGGGGAGGGGGGCGAAGAGUGAUGUCCGUCUGGAAGUCAGUCUGAAGGCCUGAACAUGCAUGAUGGCCGUCCAAGGCUGAUCUCUCAGGGCUGUGGUCACAUCAGGGGUAAUCACGAAACGUGGGCUUCAGUUUAAGCCUACUUGGAAGCACAGCGCUUCAACCGCUAAUAUCACCAUUUUCAUCAGUGCAUGAAAAUGGACCAGACGUCUGGGGCCUAUGGCGAAGGAGCGUCGUCGCUCGCCAAACCAAAUCAUGCGCUUUCUGUCCUUCUGUGUCUUCAGUGCAACAGCCUGGCUACUGAUUUCUUCUUUUUUUUUUU